AUGUCCGGUAGUUUUUGUGUAGUAGCGUUUGAAAUAAAGUUUCGAUGUACCGUCAGAGGGCUAAGCAACAUAACCUCAAAGUUUUUUUCUUGUACUGAAAGAUUCUGUUUUGAUUUUGGAUUAUUUUUUGGUGAAAAAAUGCGUCUCUCCUUGGUGUGCCUCUUCAAGAGGACCGUCAAUGGGCACAUCUUCAGGGGAAAGGAUCGCCUGGUGAAAAGAGUGUCAAAACGAGCGAUGGAGAGGCUGAGAGUAGAGUAUGAUCUCAUGGAGCAGAAUAUGCUGUACCUUCGACAUCCUUAUCUGACGAUUGAAGAAUCAGCUGGACAUACGAAGGAACUGGGAAAGAAUGAAGCAAAGAUGUCAAAGUGGCAGGAUUACGCGUUGGAGUUGAAGAGGAAGCCACACAUUACGAUUGAGGAGCGAUUAAAAUGUCUAAAGAUCAAGGAUGCGUGGGAUUGAAGGAUUUAUGAUUAAAUAUAAUUGCCUCUUAUCCCUGUAAUAUAGGAAAUGCAAGAUUUGUAGGAAAAUC